UAUGUAGAGCCAGGAGUGACAAAAAUGAAUUACAUAUGCCCUUAAACAAUUCAAAUUUUCAGUGUUCAAUUAAAAAUAUUAAUUACUUAUUUAACUAAUUAAAUGCCAGUUAAUUUUGCCAGUUAAGGUGCAAGUGAAGCACUUGGUUCACAGUUUAGUCCCAGUUCAGUUUCCUGCAGUUCACUGGUUUCUUUCUUCUGUUGCAGUUUCAAGACAAACAAAGCAGUGAAGAUGGACGUGCUGCCCUGCAUGAUGCUCGUCUUCCUGCUGUCAGUUGGAGCCUCUCUGGCCCAGGUGGAUCUGACUCCUAUCGUAAGAAAAAUCAGAGGACAAUACAGCAUAGAUGGACAGUUCUGUCUGGCUGCAGUCCUCCCGGUAGAUCUGAACCUAAAAACUCUUAACCAGGCUUUUCAGGAUGAUCCCUUUCAGGCUGUUCUGGGAAAGAUUGGGGAAAGAACCUCAGACAAUAACAAUCGUGGAGUGUAUGUAGGCCACAGAGUGAUUGUGGCCAGACCAACAUCACCUGAAGGCAGACGAAGUGGACAACAUGCAGAAAGUCGUGUUCUGCAAACCCUGAGAAAGCGGCUGGAAACUGAGAACCUGAACACAUUCCCAAACAGCCAGGACAACUUCCUGCUCAUCUACUCUUUUGCCUCUGCAUGUGAUACAUGCACCAGCCGCUACCAUUCAUCGAGCAUCAUUGAGGACCUUGAACUUAUCGCUGAAACCUACUAUUCUGUAUUUGUGUUUAAAAAAAUCUUUCAGCCCAACAAUCGGCCUCCCAUUCCUGAAAACAUUUUGGCUAAUUCCCUUCGUUCUCUUGGUGAUGCCAUCGGUGGGCUGACUAACAUCUUUCGUUGUGACCCAGAUUGUUACAGCUGCUUUGGAGGGGAAACAAACACAAUUUCACAAUAUUGUAUUAUUAACAACGCUUAUUGUUGGGUCUAACACUUAAACCCCGCUGACUCAGAGACCAAUCACCUGUGUACAAAGGAAGAUCACACAGAACUCAGUCAGUUUUUACUUGCUGCCCAAAGGGAGUCCAAGCUCUUCUCAUGAUCUCAGCUAACUCUAAACUCCAGCCUCCCCUCUCAGUUCUUCUAUUAACCUCAGUAGUUACACAAACAUCUCAUUAAUCAUGUGACAGAUAAGACACUCACAUGUGAAGUGUGUGAGAGCAUUGUCUGCCAUGAAUCAUGUGACUGCCUGACUGUGAGGUGUUUGACCCCUCUGUGUUCUUUCAAUAAAGCUCAGCAUCCA